CCCCUUACUCCCAAAAUGUGUCGGGAAUUUCUUUGGAAAAGAGCAUGAAGGAUCAUACAAGCAUUUCUAUACCGUCGUUAUCCGCCACCCCCCGGCUCUUACGUAAGAAAAGCAGCUGACACGGUCAUGGAUCCAAGCAGCUGCCACGGGCUGGAGGUCGAAGCCAAGGUGGAGCAGGGGCCGCUGGUGGACAUGCAGAUGGCCGACCUUAGAGUCCGGGUGGAGGAGCGCGUGUUUGCGGUCGACCGGACCCUGCUGGAGCGGGGCAGCGAGUACUUCCGCGCUCUUUUCCGCUCGGGAAUGCGGGACUGCCAGCAAGAGGACCUGGACUUAAAGGGCCUGAACGCCCGCGGCUUCGCUAUUGCGCUGGACGUCCUGGCGGGCGGGCGGCCCACGUUGAGCGGCGACGAGAUCUUGGAGGCCGUCGAGUGCGCCGUCUUCCUUCAGGUGGAGCCUCUGACCAAACACCUGGUGAACCUGCUGAACUCCGAUAACUGCUUACUCAUGUACCACACGGCAGCCAUGUUUGGCCUCCUGGAGCUCUACAACAGUGCGGCCCUGUUCAUCCGGGACAUGUAUCGUGAUCUGGAGGAGGACCUGAAACGCCUGCCAGAGGAACUUGUGGAAUACGUGGAGUCACUGGAACCCAGUGUGUUCGUAGCAGUCGGCACACACUCCAGCUGCACCAGCACAGAGCUGCCUCACGCUGCCACCAGGACCGUGUGUUACCUCAAUGAAGACAAAAAUUGCUGGAAGGUUCUAACCGAGCUACCGAUGGAAGUCAGCACCUCGAUGGCAGGGGUGGCGGUCCUGGAGAAUAAGCUAUACAUAGUCGGGGGUUUGUGCGGGGUGCACAAAAAGGCCUCGGAGUCCUUCUUCUGCUACGAUGUGGUGACAAAUGUCUGGAGUGCUUUAGCAAGCCCUCAGCAGCCACGCUACAACCUCAUGCUGGUGGGCCACGAGGACCACUUGUACAUGAUUGGAGGAGAGUAUGAGAGAGCACUCAUGUCUUCGGUGGAGAGGUACCACGUCUCCGCCGGUACCUGGUCCUAUGUGUCUGACCUGCCCCGGCCAGUGUCCGGUGGGGCCUGCACCAAGGCCUUGUCCAGAAUAUUUGUGUGCUUGUGGAAGCCGAUGGAAACCACAGAAAUCUAUGAGUACCUUCCCAGCAGAGACCGGUGGGCUCUGGUCACCACGCUCAUAAGGCACCAGAGUUACGGCCAUUGCAUGGUGGGUCACAGAGACGACCUCUACGUGAUGCGAAACGGCCCCUCUGACGAUUUCCUGAGGUGCAUGAUGGACUGCUACAGCCUGACCUCAGGUCAGUGGACGCCGUUGCAGGGACACUACCCCAACAGCAGGGGUGCUCUUUUCACCGCAGCGGUGAGGGGCGACUCAGUGUUCACUGUGAACCGGACAGCGACCCAGGAGUACACCGUCACAAACAAAACUUGGAAGCAGAGAGCCCAACUCAAAGGUUUUCCCAGGAGUGGCUCUAUGUGGACGUUUUUUCUCAGGCUUCCAAAGGCAGACACAAUGCCUGGGCGGAACAGUGUGAUUGACAGCUGAUCUGAUGAAUAGCUGUGAUCACCAGCCAGCUUUAAAACCAUCUUUAAACCCAUUUCACUGAUUGGAUAAUACUGUAUAUGAAACACAAAGCUUAAGUUAUUAAUUACACCUGAAAUUAAUUUUUUUACUGUAAACGUAAAUACAAUGACAAUAAAUAGUAAUGAAAUUAAGAUUAUUAUUCAUUAGACAUAAAUAGUAUUCAUUAAUAAGA